AUGCCUUCCCAAACUCAAGGACGCAAAAUUGCCAUCGUUGGCUCAAGUGGCCAGGUUGGAAAUCCCACGCUCAAAGCCCUUCUGGUAAAAGGUAUUCAUACCAUCACUGCUGUCCAACGAGCCGAAUCAAUAAGCACAUUUCCUCAUGGAGUGCUCAUCAAGUCUGGUGAUCUGACCGACGAAUCCUUCCUAGUCAGCGCAUUCCAGGGCCAAGAUGCUGUCGUGCUCAUGCCGCCUCUUCCUCACAUUACGAGCAUACAAGAACCGGCCGUCCGUGCAGCUGCUAAGGCAGUCGUUCCCUACGUUUUUCCGGCUGAAUUAGGACCAGACCCCUUCGCAACUCGGCUUAUACAAGAGAACAAACUUCUUCAGGAUAAGAAGAAAAUCCGGGACUUGAUCGAGGAGCUUGGAGUAAGCAGCUGGGUCUCGAUAACUGUUGGUCCGUUCCUUGAUAUGAACAUCAAGAGCGGUCUCUGGGGUAUUGACGUGGAGAAUCGAAAAGCUACAAUUUGGAAUGGGGCAACUGGCAAGGUAAAUACUUCGAGUGUUGCCCAUACUGGACAAGCCACAGCAGCAGUCCUUAGUCUUCCCGAUGUAGACUUGUCCCAGUACAAGAACAAGGCGUUCUAUGUGCCUUCUUUCCAUCUGACGCAGCAAGAGCUCUUAGAAGCAGUACAGAAUUCAACAUACACGACGGGGCAGGACUGGGAUGUGAAGCAUCAGGAUAUCGAAGACGCAAUUAAAGAUUGCAACUUGAAGAUACAGCAGAAAGACGAUAUGGCUCCUUUUGUCAAGUUCUUCCUUACUCAUUUUCAAGAAAACAGUGGAGGGGAUUUUGAGCACAAGGUCGUUGCUUCUGAGGUUAAAAAGUUGCAUAAGAUGGGACUUCAGGACGAAACCCUUGAAAGUGUCCUCAAGUCUUCGCUAUAG